AUGAGCAUUAAAGCAAUAGGUAUUGCUAUAAAACUUACAUUGGAGGGUUCGAGUCAGGCAGCACACUUCCAAACAUGGGUUUUUGUAAUGGUUGCUGUUACAUGUAUAAUCACCCAGCUGAAUUACUUAAACAAGGCUUUGGACACAUUUAACGCGGCUAUUGUUUCUCCAAUCCAUUAUGCCAUGUUCACGUCCCUCACUAUUUUUGCCAGUGCCAUCAUGUUCAGGGAUUGGUCUGGUCAGAGUGCUGGCAAUAUUAUUUCGGUACUUUGUGGUUUCAUAACUGUGCUUUCGGGUACUAUGGUUUUGCACAGUACCAGAGAGCCAGAUCCACCUCCUGUUUCAGAUUUGUAUGCAUCACUUUCUCCUCAAAUAUCGUGGCUGGUCCAUGCUAAUGGUGAAAUAUGGAAGCAAAAAGACAAUGAUGAGAUGCACACUGAAUUUGUUGCAAUAAUUAAACCGGACCAUUUCAAAUAA